CAUGGGGACAGCCUCAUCUCUGGUGAGCCCUGCUGGUGGGGAGGUGAUCGAGGACACGUACGGGGCGGGCGGCGGCGAGGCCUGCGAGAUCCCGGUGGAGGUGAAGCCCAAGGCCCGCCUGCUGCGCAGCUCGUUCCGCAGGGGAGCGGGAGCCGGGCCCGGGUCGCUGCCUCGCGCGGCGGGCGGCGGCGGGCUGCUGGGAGCCAGCUUCAAGUCCACCGGCUCGUCGGUGCCAGAGCUGGAGUACGCGGCAGCCGAGUUCGAGCGCCUCAAGAAGGAGUAUGAGAUCUUCCGGGUCAGCAAGAACCAGGAGUUGCUGUCCAUGGGUCGCCGAGAGGCCAAGCUGGACACCGAGAACAAGAGGCUGCGGGCGGAGCUGCAGGCACUUCAGAAAACUUAUCAGAAGAUACUGCGGGAAAAAGAGGGGGCCCUGGAAGCAAAAUACCAAGCCAUGGAGAGAGCAGUUACAUUUGAACACGACAGAGACAGAGUUAAAAGGCAAUUCAAGAUUUUUAGGGAGACCAAAGAAAAUGAAAUCCAGGACUUACUGAGGGCCAAGCGGGAACUGGAGAGCAAACUUCAAAGGCUGCAGGCACAGGGUAUCCAAGUUUUCGACCCUGGAGAGUCUGAUUCUGAUGACAGCUGCACAGAUGUCACAGCUACUGGAACCCAAUGUGAAUACUGGGCCAGCAGAGCCUUGGGAAGCGAGCCUUCCAUAGGCAGCAUGAUCCAGCUUCAGCAGUCCUUCAGAGGCCCUGAGUUUGCCCACAGUUCUAUAGAUGUGGAAGGACCCUUCGCAAACAUCAACCGAGAUGACUGGGACACUGCCGUGGCUGGCUUAUUGCAGGUCACGCCCUUGUUCUCACGUUCCCUGUGGAGUCACUCUGUCAGAUGUUACCUCAUCUACACAGCCGAAACCCAGCCUGAAAUGGAACUUUUUCUGAAGGACCAUUCACCUAAACUUAAGAGAAUGUGCGAGACCAUGGGAUAUUUCUUCCAUGCCAUUUAUUUUCCAAUAGAUGUUGAAAACCAGUACCUCACCGUAAGAAAAUGGGAACUCGAGAAGAGUUCUCUAGUUGCUUUAUUCCUUCAUUCAAAGUUACCAAGGUUUCUACUAGAAGACUGCGAAGAAGCCUUUCUGCAGAACCCAGAAGGAAAACCACGAUUAAUCUACCAUCGUUUGGAGGAUGGGGAAGUCAUUUCCGACUCCGUCCAGCAGUUCCUGGAUCAAGUUUCUAACCUAAGCAAGACCAACAAAGCCAAGAUCAUCCAUCACUCAGGAGAUCCUGCGGAGGGAGUGUAUAAAAUUUACAUCAGUGUUGAAAAGAUUAUUAAACAGGACAUCCUCGGCCUUGAGAUCACAGACGUGGAGGUGAAGGAUGCAGGCAGUGAGGAUUCCACUCCAGAAGAGGACGAUUUGGGGGAUGUGCUGUGGGACAUACACGAUGAGCAAGAGCAGAUGGAAGCCUUUCAGCAGGCUUCUAAUUCAGCCCAUGAACUGGGAUUCGAGAAGUAUUACCAGCGCCUGGAUGAUCUGGUGGUGGCACCAGCCCCGAUCCCACCCCUCCUGGUGUCUGGAGGACCAGGGUCUGGAAAGUCCCUUCUUUUAUCAAAGUGGAUUCAGCUGCAGCAGAAGCAUUUCCCUAACACGCUGAUCCUGUCUCAUUUUGUGGGGCGGCCCAUGUCAACCAGCUCGGAGCCCUCCUUGAUUAUCAAGCGGCUGACCCUGAAGCUGAUGCAGCACUUUUGGGCCGUUUCUGCACUGACACUGGACCCUGCUAAGCUUCUGGAAGAAUUUCCACACUGGCUGGAAAAGCUCUCUGCUCGGCAUCAGGGCAGCAUCAUCAUCAUCAUCGACUCCAUAGAUCAAGUUCAGCAAGUGGAGAAGCACAUGAAGUGGCUGAUAGACCCCCUGCCGGUGAAUGUCAGAGUCAUCGUCUCCGUGAAUGUGGAGAGCUGCCCGGCAGCGUGGAGGUUGUGGCCUACACUGCAUCUCGAUCCUUUAAGCCCCAAAGAUGCAAAAUCCAUAAUAGUUGCAGAAUGCAGCUCUGUAGACACGACGCUGAGCAGAGAGCAGGAGAAGCAUCUAGACCAACACUGCCGUUCCGCCGCGACCUGCAACGCCCUCUACGUCACCCUUUUCAGCAAAAUGAUGGCGUGUGCCGGGAGAGCAGGCAACUUAGAUAAAACCCUUCAUCAGUGCCUGCAGUGUCAAGAUACAGUUUCCUUGUACAGUCUUGUGCUCCGCUCCAUCCAGGAAGCCAUGCCAAGUGAUGUGGAUAAAGAGCUGAUGACGCAGAUUCUCUGCCUCAUCAACGUUAGUCACAAUGGUGUGAGUGAGUCGGAGCUGAUGGAGCUGUAUCCAGAGAUGUCCUGGGCCUCCUUGACCUCCAUUGUGCAUAGUUUACACAAAAUGUGUCUGCUGACUUACAGCUGUGGCUUGCUCAGGUUUCAGCAUCUGCAGGCCUGGGAAACAGUGAGGCUGGAGUACAUGGCAGACCCUACCCUCAUCUCUUCAUACAGGCAAAAGUUAAUCAACUAUUUCGCUUCCCAGCUCAGUCAGGACAGAGUGACCUGGAGAAGUGCAGACGAGCUCCCGUGGCUUUUCCAGCAGCAAGGAAGCAAGCAGAAGCUGCACAACUGCCUCCUCAAUCUCUUCGUGUCUCAGGACCUUUAUAAAAGAGGACACUUUGCCGAGUUGCUGAGUUACUGGCAGUUUGUUGGCAAAGACAAAGGUGCCAUGGCGGCCGAGUACUUUGAGUCCCUGAAGCAGUAUGGGAACUGCGAAGGCGAGGAGAACUUGCUGUGCCUAGCUGACUUGUAUGAAACCCUUGGCCGGUUUCUAAAGGAUCUCGGCCUUCUCAGCCAGGCUGUGGUGCCCUUACAGAGGUCCCUAGAGAUUCGGGAGACCGCAUUAGAUCCCGACCACCCGAGAGUAGCCCAGUCCCUCCACCAACUGGCCAGUGUGUACGUCCAGUGGAAGAAGUUUGGGGAUGCAGAGCAGCUUUAUAAACAGGCCUUGGAGAUCUCGGAAAACGCUUACGGCGCCGACCAUCCCCAUGCUGCCAGAGAGCUCGAGGCACUCGCAGCCUUGUACCAUAAGCAAAAUAAAUAUGAACAAGCUGAACAUUUUAGGAAAAAAUCCGUUACAAUCCGUCAGCAAGCCACAAGGAGAAAAGGCGGCCUGUACGGGUUUGCCCUCCUUCGCAGACGGGCUCUGCAGUUAGAAGAGCUCACACUAGGCCAGGAGAAGCCUGAGAAUGCCCGCACCCUCAACGAACUGGGUGUCCUCUACUACCUUCAAAACAACCUCGAAACGGCAGAGCAGUUUCUGAAGCGUUCCUUGGAGAUGAGGGAGCGGCUUCUGGGGCCAGAUCACCCAGACUGUGCCCAGUCCCUGAAUAACUUGGCGGCUCUUUACAAUGAAAAGAAGCAGUAUGAUAAAGCCGAGGAGCUCUACGAGCGAGCCCUGGACAUCCGCAGACAAGCCUUGGCGCCUGACCACCCUUCCCUGGCCUACACAGUGAAGCAUCUCGCUAUCUUGUAUAAGAAAACAGGAAGAGUUGACAAAGCUGUACCUUUGUAUGAAUUGGCUGUUGAAAUUCGGCAGAAAUCCUUUGGCCCAAAGCACCCCAGUGUCGCUACUGCCUUGGUGAACUUGGCAGUCCUUCACAGCCAAAUGAAAAAGCACAGUGAAGCCCUGCCACUUUAUGAAAGAGCACUGAAGAUUUAUGAAGAUAGCUUGGGGCGGAUGCAUCCUCGGGUUGGAGAAACAUUAAAAAACUUAGCUGUGCUCAGCUAUGAAGAAGGGAAUUUUGAAAAGGCUGCUGAACUAUACAAAAGGGCAAUGGAGAUAAAAGAAGCAGAGGCAUCACUGUUGGGUGGAAAAGCUCCUUCAAGGCAGUCGUCAAGUGGGGACACAUUUAUCUUUAAAGCAACGCAUUCACCUAAUAUUUUCCUUCCCCAAGGACAAAGACUCUCCUUUCUCAGUUUCCAAUGAGCUGUGCCUGUCUCCUUGGCGACAAGAGUACUUCUCAGCGCCUCAAGGCUGACUGCAUACAUAUCUAGAAAGGAAACACCUCAAUAGCCUUCCGAUGGAAGAUGAAGCUGAAGGAAGAUACCUAUUUUCUCUUCUCUGAUAUUUACAUAUCAGAGUAAAUACCUUCUUUGGGACUGUGUAUGCCACUGUGAUUCCUUCAGGUAAGGUGGGAACGGGACCUGAAGAG